AACUUGCAGCUUUUACAUAUCCACUAAUUGUUGGAGCAGAUCCUCACGUCCCAAGCCAGAUACCAAACUACCAUAGUUGAAUCUUUCUGAGAAUCCUGACCAGAAUGGCUUCACAGAUCAGAGAAUCCUUUAAGCCCUGGUCACCAAAAAACUAUACUGAAAUGGACAACCUAGAGAUUAUUUCAAUCCAGGGUUCCUCUGUGCAGUCUGGAGAGGACAUCUCUAACUCUUCAAUUGCCCAGCCCAACUUUCCCCCAGUUAACAGUGGCUCCCGUGCAAAGCAGGAGCUGCAAAUACUCUGGGAGUGGUUUACCUCCUGGUUGCAGCCAGAACAGCAGAGCAAGGAACAGAUGAUUUCUAACCUAGUCUUGAGGCAGUUUGUCCUCACUGGGCACUGCAAGGACAAGUUUGCCUUGAAACAGAAAUGGGAGUCAAGUGGCAGAAACAUGAGGAGAUUCAUGGAGGGUCUGACUGAUGAGUGCUUGAAGCCUCCUGUGAUGGUUCAUGUCUCCAUGCAUGGGCAGGAAGCUCUCUUUUCAGAGAGAAUGACCUUAAAAGAAGUCAUCAAGCUUUUGAAACAGCAGCAAUCAGCAACAACUACAACACAAGCAAAUGCAGGAACACCAUUGCCUAUCCCCCAAGACAUGUUGGUGGCAACAGGAUAUGAAAACAGUGAAGAUGGCCGAAGCACUUUCUUGAAUAAUCCUGAAGUAAAUAAUGGUGUUAGUAGUCCCAGAAAUGAGAUGGACUCCCUUCUCAUUAUCCAGACAGGGCAGUAUCUUGAGCCUGAAGAGGGAGGUGUUUCUUAUGGAGUUCCUCAGGAUUCCAGAAGAGCAAGUCAAGGCACCUCCAGGUACCAGGCAGAGCCCCUGAGGGCACCUGCUUAUAAACAUAUCCCUUUGGAGGUACAAGCAGAGUCUCUCUCCAGAACAGCCCAGUCUGAAGACAGUGGAGAUGGCCGCAAUACAUUCUUGAUCAACACUGAUGUAAAUAGUGGUAUUAGCAAUCUCAAAAAUGAUAUGGAUUCCCUUCUCAUUAUCCAGAGAGGACAGUAUCCUGAGCCUAAAGAGGGAGGUGUUUCUUAUGGAGUUCUCUGGGAUCCCAGAAGAGCAAUUUGGGGCACAUGUAAGUCCCAGGAAAUGUCUCCAACACCCCAUUCUUCUGAAAAUAUCCAUAUGGGGGUACCAGGGUUCCCCUCUAGGUUAGAGCAGUGUACUUCUGAGCCUGUUCCCCUUUACCAGAAUAACCAGGCAAAUUCUGUAUGUGAGAGUCACCAGGAAAGACUCCACAUUGAUCUCAAACCAUACAAAUGUGAGGAAUGUUCCAGGACCUUCAAAUAUCCUUGUAACCUCUCAGUCCACCAGAAAAAGCACAGGAAGGAGAGGUCAUUUGUCUGUACCCACUGUCUGAAAGCCUUCUACCAAGUCUCAGACCUCCGAAAUCAUGAGGUCAUCCAUAUGCCAGAGAAACCUUUCACAUGUAGCACUUGUGGAAGGUCCUUCAGCCACAAGACCAACCUGCAGGCUCAUGAGAGGAUUCACACAGGAGAGAAGCCCUACACCUGCUCCCUGUGUUACCAUCGCUUCCGCCAGUCAUCCACAUACCACCGUCACCUGAGGAAUUACCACAAAUAUAACUAAAACUGUUACCUUCCUCAACAGAAGACAGCAGGGCUUCUGCCUCAGAGUUUCAUCUGCACAUGAAGAAUCAUGUCACUUCUAAAUACCACUUGGCCAGUGAAGAUGGUUCAUUUAUCUUGAAGGAUUAUUCUUUCUACCUGUUGUUCCAUUUCUAUACUGCUUUUGUUAGAGGGUAAAGAAGAUGAG